CUACCGACAGGACCAGAUAGCAAUCCGCCAGUUUUCGAAGCUGAAUUCCCUUUCCAGAAAGACCUUGAGCUUGAGCUCCCAAUUGAGAUAUUGAAGCAAGCUAGUAAUAAUAAACCCCAUAACUACGAGCCCAAUGGACCCAAAACAAACGUGUAUGCCACAUUCAUGGCCACUAGAAACCCCUCACUGAAAGAUGCGUAUUUCAUGGCGAUUCAUUCCCUCAUCUACAGAGUAUUGUGGUCUCCUCGGUCACGCACGGAAAAGUACCCUUUCGUAGUUUUCGUAGGAGGUUUUGUCACCCCCGAGCAGCGUCAGCUUCUCUCUGGAGCCGGGGCCAUAGUUCGAGAGCUCGAUCCUUUGGAAUGGAACCCAAAUGUUGAAGGUGUCCAGCGUCGCUGGAAAGACCUGUUUGCUAAACUCAACAUGUGGAACCAAACCGAGUUCUCACGCAUCCUUUUCUUGGACGCUGAUGCUUUCCCUGUCGCUAAUGUCGACUCAAUCUUCGACAUAUCCCCGACCCAGAACUGCAUCGACUCAAAACUACAACCAGACGAUUACCUCGCAGAUGGAACACAGGUCUGCGAACCCUACGUCUUCGCCGGCGUCCCGCAGAACCCAUUCAACGAGACAGACGUGAAUAUAAAUGUCGGGAGUAUGGUUUUUGCACCCUCUGAAAGAAUGCACCAGCGGCUGUUGCAGAACUACGUCAAGACCGACCGUUACAACUGUCUCAUGGCUGAACAAGCAUUCCUUAAUUGGCAGUUCAGUGUGAACGGGGCAUUCCCGGCUACACAGCUAGAGAGAGAAUACGGUGGUUUCUUCCCAGCAGAGAACGAAGAAGGGAUGCUUAAGGUCGUUCACGAAAAGCUAUGGUCUGAGGAUAGGAGCUGGUUGAAACAGGAAUGGCUCUCACAGUGGCAGGAGAUGCUGAUGUUCUAUACGGGUACUGACUUUCUGGAGCAAAGGAAGAGGGACGGG